UAUUUAACCUACAAAUCCAACAAAUAUUUACUUUCUCACAAGUCCGCACGCAACUGUUUACAUUCCUUUGGAGUCCUUACUAAAUUAGUGAACCCUUCUGAAUACAAAUAAAUAACUCAUGAGUCUCCAGAAAGGCAACACGAGCCGGACGCGGCCGCAGAAGCACCAAAACCGGUCGGUUUUCAAGAACAACCUGCACGACACCAGCCAUCGCACGAAAAUGGUGAAUUCCAUUCAAGUGAGCGACGUGUGCACCAGAUGCAAGGACAUCAUCGAAUGGAAGAUCAAAUACAAGAAGUACAAGCCGCUGAGCCAGGCGAAAACGUGCGUUAAAUGCGGCCAGAAGACGGUGAAACAGGCCUAUCACGUCAUGUGCACGAAAUGCGGAAGGGACGAGGGUGUGUGCACCAAGUGCUGCGAGAAGAAGGACGUCGUGGUGGCGGCGCCGACGCCCAAAAAUCAAUAUGAAUUGGAUUUGGAGCUCAAGCAGAUAUUGAGCGGUUUGCCCGAAAGAAAAAGGCGGACGUUCUUGAGGUACAUCGAAAAGAAACAACACGAAGAGGUGCCAGAGGAAGAACAGAAAGCAACAAAUGAAAAAGCCAGAGAAGAAUUAUUAGAAAAAUUGAAUUCGUUAAAAGUGAGCAACGAUGACGAUGAUGAUUUCGAUGAUGACUUUAUUAGUGAUAGUGAUCAAAGUGAUGAUGUAGAUGAUGAUGAAUGAUAAAUAUUGUAUAAUAAUAAAUUGAAUUUGAAUGGG